ACAGGAUAUUGGAAUUUGGAACUCAUUUGAUCAUCACAUUUCUUGAUUAAAAUCGUACACAUUUUGAUUUAAACUGCCAAGUCCUUGAGUUUUUCUUUUGCUAAUAAUCAAUUAAAGCAUUUUGAUUUUCGGGUAAAAUUCAAAAGAAUCCUCUAGCUAUUUAUUUUCAUUUACAAAUUUUAAUUAAUUAGUGGUUUAAUGCUAUUUUCAUUAGGCAUUGUAUACUUUCACCUAUACUACAUAAAGGGGGACAAAAGGCGAAAGGGAAACUGUACAAAAACCGGUUAGUUAAAAGAAGUGAAAAAAUGACGCCUUUUUCAUUUUCGUGGUCAAAAUGCUAUGGGAAAAUAAUAUUCAAUAGGGUCUAGCUAUUGAUCAAGUGUUGUUCUCAUAUUUCAUCCUUCUAUUGUUUUCCCCGAUCCAUUAAAAAAUCGUCAACGAAAAUGACUGAAAAUGUCAUUGAAGUAUCGGUGGAUGUGCUCUCCCCUUCUCACCGAAUUGCUAACGAAAACAACUGCCCAAGUGAUUCUUGUGUUUACGGUGUUCUCGUCCGCAACGCGACCAAGACAUUUGGAUCUGGAAGUAAGAAAUGUGCAGUUCUGCAAGGACUGAACUUGUCUGUUAAACGAGGAUCAAUAUACGGAUUGCUAGGACCCAGCGGCUGUGGAAAGACGACAUUGCUAAGUUGUCUCGUCACUUUACGCUCCUUAAACAGUGGGGAGAUUCAGGUGUUGGGACACGAACCAGGCUCUCCUAAAAGCGGAGUUCCCGGACCGCAGGUUGGCUACAUGCCACAAGAAUUGGCACUGUACGGUGACUUCACCAUCAAGGAGACACUGACAUACUUUGGUCGCCUUUACAAAUUGAAAGCGACUUUUAUGAAAUCGCAAUUGAAAUUUCUGUCCAGUUUACUGGAUCUGCCAACGAGUAAUCGUUACGUCAAGACGCUGAGUGGCGGACAGCAACGGCGCGUCUCGUUCGCCGUCGCUUUGUUUCACGAUCCUGAUUUGCUCAUCUUGGACGAACCGACAGUUGGCGUUGAUCCUAUACUAAGGCGCAGCAUUUGGAACCACCUUGUCCGCCAAAGUAUCGACCAUGGAAAAACGGUGAUCGUCACGACUCACUACAUCGAAGAAGCAAGACAGGCCAACACGAUUGGAUUGAUGCGUUGCGGUCGUUUAUUAGUCGAAGAUUCGCCCGGUAAUCUGUUAAGGAAUUAUGGACUCUCCACAUUGGAGGAUGUUUUCCUUCAACUCAGCAGGAAGGAAAAUUCUAAAAAUCCAGAAGUCGAAUCUGCAGAGAUUGAAGCAAAUAUGGCCAGCAUGAUUCCGGGUUCCAGUGAGUUAGACCCCAACACCGGCGCAGCGCAAACUCUGCCAGAAAUCGAUAGAGUUUCCGUAACGAAUUUGGACCGUCAGUGUGACAUGAAUGGAAUUGCAUUCCCAUCGACUGGUUGCUCUUCUCCUACAAACAGGCAAACAAGCCCUUGUGCACCCAACACAAAUUCAACUAACGACAGGGAAAGAAACAAUCGACCUACAUCCGGAAUUGCAUUAUUGGAAGAAAAAUGGGAAAUAUUCAAAAAGGCCCUGCCAUCCCCCUAUCGGGUUGGGGUCCUUGUUCGGAAGAAUUACUUGGUGUCUAUUCGGUUUACAUUACUAUUUAUAGCGACUUUCUUCCUGCCCGCCACCCAAACGUACAUCUUUAACUUGUGCAUCGGACAAGACAUGACUGGCCUCAAAAUGGCCAUCGUUAAUGACGAAAUCGAUGUGAACCAGAGUCGUCUAUGCAACAAUGCAACGGAUUGCUCGUAUUUUAUGCUCAGUUGUCGCUAUCUUCGAAACAUCAAGGACAACAUCAUCCAGGUUCCCUAUGACAAUUUAUCGGAUGCUCUGGAAGCUGGAAGGAAUGGCCAAGUUUGGGGCGUCAUUCACUUUGGUCAAAAUUUCACCGAAGAAUUUGAGAUGCGGGAGGAUUCGACAAGUAAAGAAAACAUAAUUGGGAGGCAAAUCAACAUCACAAUGGAUUCUUCCAAUCAAAUGAUUGAUGCGUUUGUUAAAAAAUGGCUCGGGGAAGCUUAUGGUGAUUUCCUCAGGGAAUUUAUGGGUGUGUGCGGAUACAAUCCAGAAGCCAGUUCAUUGCCUGUAGAGUUUGUCGAUCCAGUCUACGGUCAGAAAGACACAAAAUUCACCGAGUUUAUGGCUCCUGGUCUUAUUCUAUCGACUAUCUUUAGCUUGGCUCUUCUUUUAGGAUCCGAUUCCUUCGUCCGCGAAAGAAUGCUUGGUCUAGUUGAACGCAGUUUAGUCGCUGGCGUGAAGAUGAAUGAAGUGUUUAUCAGUUAUUUAGCCAAGGAAUCCAUCACGAUGAUUAUCCAAACAUUAUUACUUUACGUGGUCCUUCUUUUUCUUUGUGACAUUCCUUGUCGGGGCAGCGUAUCCUUGGCGAUAUUCAUUACGUUUCUCGAAGGAUUUUCCGGAAUGUGUUUUGGUAUGAUGAUAGCCUCGAUUUGCGAUACCACAAGUGGCGUUAUAUACGUUGCGCAAUCCUAUUUCCUUCCUAAAUUAUUUUUGAGCGGCUUGUUAUGGCCCAUCGAAGCAAUGCCGGUGUUUCUCCAAUAUGUCGCCUGCUCACUUCCAACGACUUAUGCAUCGGUAUCAUUGGGAAAUGUUUUAUCAAGAGGUUGGGGUCUAGAACGACCUGAAGUUUACUUUGGAAUUUUGACCACCGUUGCGUGGAUUUUUGGUUUUUUAAUUGUUGCCUCCGUUGUUUUACGGUUGCGCAAACAUUCGAGUUAAUAACAUGUAUUACAGUUUGGGUAUAUUUAUUCGUUCAGGCACAAUCACGUAUUUGCCACCGCUAUAUUGCUGUUAUUAGCACUGUAUACAUUUAAUCUAAUCCGCA